AUGAAUACUAAUUUCCAAAUAACUUUAUAGACCUUCAAAUCCCUUCAUGAACAAAUAUAACCAUUACAAAGACCUUGUCUAUUUACUAAGUUAUUUAAAUCGAAGGACAAUAAAAUUAUAAAGCGAAGAGAAUUCGAAACCAAAAAAGAAUGGCUCUCUUGGAAGUAAGGAAUCACAUAAGAACUACUUAAUUAAAGGAGGCUUUCUUUGAAAUAUCCGGGAAAGGUACUUACUAUCCUAAAUUACACAGUUGAAACUAUUAACCACCAAAGAAAUCUUUAUGUUGCAUAUGAUUGUGAAGAUGACAUUGAACCUUUAUUUCAAUAUUUAAACAAUAACACCGUUAGUUUCCAAGAACAAGCUUAAAUAUUUGAAUAACUGUUAUAAAUCGCCUGUAUUUUGUUCAAGACCAAAUUCGAACAUACAAAUUUGAAGCCAAACAAUAUCCUAUACUACAAAAAAUAAGUGCUUAUCACAGAUUUUGGAAGUGCAAGAACUCAUUAUUAAAAUUUCCUUAAAGAAUAUACAAAAUAAGCAGAGAUGGAAUGGUAGAAUAAUUUAAUAUUCUUCUACCCUGAAGAAUACUAGAAAAUUAUGGAGGAAAAGAAUUUCUACUUCAGAAUUGAACUUUGGAAGAAAUUUGAUCUAUCAGAUCAAAAAUUUAGAAAAUACGUUGACAUCUGGGCAUUAUCAAUGAUGAUGAUCUAAGUAUUUGAAAACAAUUAAACAUUGCCAAAAAAUUUAUCUGAUUAUUAUGGUUUAAAUAACAAAUAAAUUUUUUAGAAAAUAGAGAACCUUAAGUAAUAUUAAAAUGGAAUCUUCUCUGAGGUCAUUUUUACAUUACUGAUUUAAAAGAAGGAUCCUGAAUCAGUAUAUCAGACAUUUCUUUAAUAGAAGAAAUUGAAUCAGACUGAAUCGCAGUCAUAAAUGGAAUCAACAUUUACUAUUAAAUAGAUAUUUGAUCAUGAAGACGAGGAAGAGAAUACAUAUAGAUCGUUUAAACCUUAAAAUUAUUUUCUUCCCAAUUAAACUAUUCAAGAACUUUAAGAUUAAUUCGAUAAUGAUGACUCCUCUAGUGUUAUUAGUUCUAGUUAUUAAAUUGAUAUUCUUGGUUUCACUGAAAUCAAAUAAAAGAAUAAUUUAACUUAAAUUCCAAUUUAAAAGCCCUAACGUCAAGAUUAAUAGAGCCCUAUAAGAUAUAAGCCAGAAUCUCAACAUUAUGAUUUUUCUUCAAAUCCUCUCCAAUUUUUUAACAUUCAAGAUAAUCCAUAAAACUUAAAUUAUGUAACUUAAAACAAGCCAAGUCUAGCAGUAAUAAAUUAUGAGUUCAACCAAUAACAAUCUGAAGGAAUUCAAGUUGAUGAUACUAAAAAUAAAAAUGACAAUAUCAUUUUGGUUCCGAUUCAGUCUUAGUUACAAGUAUUAAAUAGUAGUAGUAGGAAUGAUUAGGGUAAUCCAAUAAAUCUAGAACAAGUUUAAGAUGAUAUAUAAAUUGGAUAAGCCUAAGUAGACAAAACAAAAAAUGAUAAUUAAUAAUUUGGGUGCUUAUAAAUUAUUUAAUUGGAUAAAAUUGAUGAUAAUAAAGAGGGAGAUAAUUUUAUUUAAAUUUUUAAUUAAAAUGGAACUCAAAACUUUUAAUUUCUAGAAGAUUAAAAAUUAACUGAAGUAAAUUAGGAUAAUAGCAAUAAGAAUGAUGUUGUCACACAUAUAGAUAAUUAAAAUUUUUAAUUUAAUAAUUCAAAUAAUUAUGAUUUAUUAAAUUUAAAUGAUGAAGAGUAAUUUCCAGGAUAAUUGAAUUAAUUUUAAGGAUAAAAAGAGAAUUAAGAGAAGGUGAAAUAAAUAAACAUAUUGGCAAUCGAUGAUUUUGAUACUGAGGAUUAAUAAGUUCCUAAGAAGAAUCAAGUGUAGAAAUAAGUCAUUCAAUCUGGUCAAUAAGAAUUUAAUUUAUUAGAACUGAACGAUUCAAAAACGGAAUUCAAAACUCGAUAACAAGAUUCCUAAUAGAGUAAUUUAUUGAUAAUCACCCAUUCACAAAAUAGCUUGAUUCCGUAAAAUAAUGAUCCAAAUUAAAGUAAUGAUGGGGGUUAAUAGUAAGUAGAAAAAAGCAAUAUCAGCAUCAAGAAAAGCUAAUUGUAAGUAUUGCAGCCAUUCACGGAUGAAAAUUAUGAAGGAAAUUAAAUUGAUGAUGGAAGUGUUAUAAUUGCUCAAAAUCAAUAGCAAGAUGAUUAUUCGCUAUUGAUUGAUAUAACUGAGAAUAAUUAGAAUAAGGUUCCUGACCAAAAAAAGAAUAAUAAAUAAAAUAUAGUGGAUAUUAUCAACAAUGAGAACUCAUUUCAACAAAUUCAACAAUUUGAAGAUCCAAAAGAAAUCACAGAUUAGGAAUCAAAAGAAAACCCUGUCUCUUUGAAAAUAAUAAAAAAUUAAUUAAAUGAAGGAGUGAUAUAAUUAGAAGAUAACGAUUAAAAAGAGAUUUUGAAGUAAUUAAAAUUCAUUAAACAGAUUUUUACUCAUUUAGAAUAACAUCCUAGCGAUCCUACCAAUAUCUUUGAGGAUGAAUAAGAUAAAAAGAGCUAAAAGCAGAUUCAAUAAUUUUUUGAUGAAAUUGCAAUAUUAAAAGAAAAAGAAUAGAUUUAAUUAAUUGAUGAUGUAAAUGAUGGCAUAGAUGUUAUUUAAAAAAAGUUAGAGGCAGAUCAUUUUUUUGAUGAUAACAAUAUCCAAAACCAUCCUUAACUACUUACUUUUCUUAAUGAGGAUCAAUUAAAUAUAUUAAAAUCAGAAAUACAGAGUAAUAAAUUUGUAACAGAUUUAAUAUAAAAAUUAAUAGAGGCGAAAGAAGAUUUAAAAAAGCUCAAACAAAAUCCAAUUCUAUAAAACAUAUUAAAAAAAUAGUAGGUUGAAUUACUCAAUAAGGAAGAACUCAAAAUUUACUAACGCUUAUUGGAGAAGGUGCCCAAGGAUAGAAAAUAAGGGGAUAGACUGAUAGCUUAGUAAUCUGCUGUUGAAAACAAACUCAAAGAAAUAAAGCUAAAGGAACAAGAAGAAGUAAAUAAAUAGAAAAUUAUUGAUUUUUUAAGAAAUCCUUCUUUUGAUAAGUUGCUACCGGAUGCUUUUCUAAGGAAAUUACGUGCAGAGGACAGAAAAAAGUAUAAAGCAGCUCUUAAGGAUCUAAAACUCAAAUCAACUUAAAGACAGAAAAAGAUCAUAUAAGAAUAGAUUGAUAUCAUUGAUGAUAUAAAGAGGAAACAUAAUAGAAUUAAGAUAUAAAUCAAUAAAAUUGAUGAAGUCAGCGAAGAAGGAAGUACCAAGUAAUCUUCGAAAAAGAAUAAUUAUCAAACCUUCCAAGUAGCUUACUUAAAAGCCAUCAAACAACUCGUCGAUGAUAAGGUUUCAGAACUACUCUCCUAGAAUUAAUAUAUAAGAGAGUUCUAAUUAACGGCAAAUGCUUAUGAAAUUACUGAUUUAGUUCCUAGUGAUUGUUAUAACUUUUCACAGUAGUUCAAGAAUAGGAAACUUUAAUUUUAUGAUUUCCUUGGUUCAAAAUAUAAAGGUGAAACUCUUAAUGAUUAUCCAGAUGGAAUAGGUAUUUUGAGAAAGAGGGGAGUUUCAUCAAUUUAUAAGGGCUAUUUUAAGAAAGGCAAGUUCUAUUGGGGGUAAGUGUUGGAGAUGAAUGAUAAAGGAUUAUUGACUUAAUAUGUGGGGUAUUACAAUUAGGAAUAUUAGGUAAAGCAUGGAAAGGCAAGAUUGAAAUGGUUUAAGCCCUACAAAAAAGGGUUGUUUUGUGAUGCUUAUGUAUUUAAUUAAUAUGAAAUGUAUGAAGGGGAUUUUAUAAUGGGAUACAUUCAUGGGUAAGGAAAGAAAGUAUAUGCUGAUUUAUCUGAAUAUGAAGGGGAAUGGAAGAAGAAUCAGAGAGUAGGUUUCGGAAGAUUGACAUUAAGGUAAGGAGGGUAGAAGUCCAUAACAUAUGAAGGUUAGUUUGAGGAUAAUGUUUAGCAUGGUAAGAAUGUUAGAGCCAUUCAUCAUCAUUAAACUGGACUGGAUUUGAUAGUGGAAGGAGAAUAUAAAAAAGGCAAGCCCAUAGGGUCACACCUAUUGAUCUUUAACUAAAUUGUUCAGAAGGAGAUAUUCUAUUGA